AUGGGAAAUAUUUGUGCUAAUACUCUAACAGAAGAUAUCACUCAAACUAUUGUUACCGGUAGUCAUAGUGAUAGUGUACCAGAUGGAUCUGAUAUUAAUGAUAAUGAUAGCGGUAAUGCAGCCAAUCUUGCAUUAGCCGAUGUAGAAGAAAUCGGUCUUCUUGGUUCAGAUUUUUGUAUUAAACAAGCAAAAACUUCAACUAUCAUCGGCGAACGAAUCAAUGAUAAUUUAGUAAAUCUUAAUUUCGAUAUGUUAGGUUCAUCUAAUUAUGUAUUUGAAAUAUAUGAUGGUCAAAUAAUUACAAAUUCAACAUUUGCAAAUACUAUUCCUAAUAGUAAUAAAGUUACAUCAUUAUUGUGUGAUUGGUUAAAUAGUCAAAAAAUACCUUGGAAUAAUAUUACUCUAGGGAGUGGUAGUGAUUAUGCUUCAUUUUUAGCAGCUGAUGAUCCUUAUUGUAUACAAAAUGUUGCUCAAGAUCCAUGUUAUCAUAAAUCAUAUGAUAUGAAAAGAUGA